AUGUCUUCAGGAUCUGCAACUAAUGGCACGCCUUACCCCAUCAAAACGAUCGUCGUUUUGGUUCAAGAGAACCGUUCUUUCGACCACAUGUUCGGUUGGAUGAAGUCCCUCAACCCGGAGAUCGACGGGGUCACCGGUUCGGAGUCAAACCCAGUUUCCACUUCGGAUCCCAACUCGAAGCGGGUUUAUUUUUCUGACCACUCCCAUUAUGUUGAACCGGAUCCGGGGCACACGGUUGAAGAUGUAUACGAGCAGGUUUUCGGCGAACCGUGGAAUGAAUCCUCGGCAACAGAGAAACUAUCACCGAGAAUGGAAGGAUUCGCGCAAAACUCGGUGAAGCAGAAGAAGGGUUCAACGGCGGAGACUGUGAUGAACGGGUACAAACCGGAUCAGCUACCGGUUUUUAAAGAGUUGGUGAAGGAGUUUGCGGUUUGUGAUAGGUGGUUUGCUUCUGUUCCCGGUCCGACCCAACCGAACCGGCUCUACGUUCACUCUGCGACGUCGUAUGGGUUGACCACUCAGGACACAACGAAACUUCUUGGGGGUUUGCCACAGAAGACUUUAUUUGAUUCUUUGGACGAAAAUGGAUUCAGUUUUGGAAUAUAUUACCAAUCCGUGCCAUCCACUCUUUUUUAUAGAAGCCUUAGGAAAGUGAAAUACAUAGACAACUUUCACUUCUUCGAUUCAAAGUUCAAGAAGCAUUGCGAGAAAGGGAAGUUGCCAAACUACGUGGUGAUCGAGCAGAGAUAUUUUGACUUGUUGUCGAAGCCUGCGAAUGACGACCACCCAUCUCAUGAUGUUGGUGAGGGACAAAGGUUUGUGAAACAAGUGUACGAGGCACUGCGAGCAAGUCCUCAAUGGAAUGAAACACUGUUUGUGAUCACAUAUGACGAACAUGGAGGGUUCUAUGAUCAUGUUCCAACACCUGUGGAUGGAGUUCCACGACCAGAUGACAUUGCAGGUCCUGAACCAUUCAAGUUUCAGUUUGAUAGGCUUGGUGUUAGGGUUCCCACCAUCAUUAUCUCUCCAUGGAUUGAAGCAGGAAAAGUGUUGCAUGAACCUUCUGGGCCAUUCGAAACAUCACAGUAUGAACAUUCAUCAAUACCAGCAACUGUGAAGAAGAUAUUAAAUCUUCCUGAGUUUUUGACAAAGCGUGAUGCAUGGGCUGGAACAUUCGAGAAUCUCUUAUCUCUGAGCACCCCACGUACUGAUUGUCCAGUGAAAUUGGCAGAGCCUAUAAAACUAAGAGAGGUUGGUGCUGCUGAAGAAGAAAAGCAACUGAGUGAAUUUCAGGAAGAACUGAUACACUUGGCAGCUUCACUGAAUGGGGAUCAUAGCAAGAGUAUCUACCCCAAUAAGCUAACACAGAAUUUAACUGUUUCUGAGGCAGUGAAAUACUGUGAAGGUGCAUUUGAAACAUUCUUGAAUGAGUGUGAGAAAGCAAAACAAAAUAGAGUUGAUGGAUCUGAAAUUGUUGAUUGUGCAAAGCCGAAUACUGCACCACAAUCCAAAAGCUUCUUGCACAAGAUGCUAUCUUGCAUAUUAUGUAAUUGA